CACAUCAGCGAAGCAGAAAUCCUCCCAACUCGCUCAAAAAGUUCACGUUUUUCUGCUGUGGCAGACGGUAAAAUGUUUCAGCCUGUUCUGUACUUCAGAAGAAAGUUUGUGAGGGCUCACUGACGACAUGGCAGCGUCUGAACUUUACUCCAAGCAUGCCCGUGUAUGGAUCCCAGAUGCAAAAGAAGUGUGGAAGUCAGCAGAACUUGUCCAAGACUACAAUCUCGGCGACCAGACUCUGUUUCUGCUGUUCGACGAUGGCACGGAGGUGGAACACAAAUUAGAUCCCCUAUCCAAGGCACUGCCACCGCUACGAAACCCCAACAUCCUGGUGGGCGAAAAUGACCUCACAGCCCUCAGCUACCUUCAUGAACCAGCGGUCCUACACAACCUCAAAGUGCGCUUCAUUGACUCCAAGUUAAUUUACACAUAUUGUGGUAUUGUCCUGGUUGCCAUCAAUCCUUAUGAGAGUCUGCCAAUCUAUGAAGCUGACAUUAUCCAUGCUUAUAGUGGGCAGAACAUGGGAGACAUGGACCCUCAUAUAUUUGCAGUAGCAGAAGAAGCAUACAAACAGAUGGCCAGAGAUGAAAGAAACCAGUCCAUCAUAGUGAGUGGUGAGUCUGGGGCGGGUAAAACGGUCUCUGCUAAGUACGCUAUGCGUUACUUUGCCACAGUCAGCAGUUCGUCCGGAGGGUCUACUGUUGAGGAGAGAGUGUUGGCCUCCAACCCCAUAAUGGAAGCCUUUGGGAAUGCCAAAACGAUAAGGAAUGACAACAGCAGUCGAUUUGGGAAGUACAUUGAGAUCGGGUUUGACAAGAAGUAUUGUAUAAUUGGAGCUAACAUGAGGACCUACUUACUGGAAAAGUCUCGAGUAGUGUUUCAGGCUGAUGGAGAAAGGAACUAUCAUGUAUUCUACCAGUUGUGUGCCUCAUCCAAUUUACCAGAGUUCAAAUCCUUCAAGUUAGGCUCUGCUGAUGACAUUCACUGCACUAACCAGGGUCAGAGCCCAAUGAUAGAUGGAGUGGAUGAUGCCAAGGAAAUGUGGAACACAAGGAAGGCUUUCUCACUGUUAGGAAUUACUGAAAAUGAUCAAAUGGCACUUUACCAGAUUCUGGCAGCUAUUCUCCAUCUUAGCAAUGUGGAAGUGAAACCUCAUAGUGCAGACAGAAGCAGCAUUUUGCCAAACAAUACCCAUCUGAUGUUGUUUUGUGAGUUAAUGGAGGUGCCUUGUGAGGAAAUGGCCCACUGGUUAUGCCAUAAAAAGCUUAAGAUGUCCACAGAAACGUAUGUGAAGUCUCUUCCAAAAAUGGAUGCAGUCAAUGGCCAAGAUGCCCUAGCCAAACACAUCUACGCCAGGCUCUUUAACUGGAUUGUUAACAGCAUUAACGAGGCUUUAAAAUCAAAAUUGAAGCAACACUCAUUCAUUGGUGUACUUGACAUUUACGGGUUUGAAACAUUUGAUAUUAACAGCUUUGAACAAUUUUGUAUUAAUUAUGCCAAUGAGAAGCUGCAACAGCAGUUCAACCUGCAUGUCUUCAAACUGGAGCAAGAGGAGUACAUGAGAGAGGAUAUCCCUUGGACAUUGAUUGACUUCUAUGACAACCAACCAUGCAUAGAUCUCAUUGAGGCCAAGAUGGGUGUCCUGGACCUUCUGGAUGAAGAGUGCAAAAUGCCCAAAGGCUCUGAUGACACAUGGGCCCAGAAACUGUACAACACCCACCUGAAGCAGAAUGGCCACUUUGACAAACCCAGAAUGUCUGUCAGAGCCUUUAUUAUCCUGCACUUUGCAGACAAGGUGGAGUACCAGUGUGAGGGCUUCCUGGAGAAAAACAAGGACACAGUCAAUGAGGAGCAGAUAAAUGUGCUGAAAAAGAGCAAGUUUAAUUUGCUGCUGAAGCUGUUUGAGGAGAAUGAGAAGGCCACAAGUUCCACAAGCAGGCAGUCUGCUGUUUCGAGACCUGGUCAGACUGAGAGGGAUAACAAAAAGACUGUUGGACAGCAGUUUCGACAGUCUCUGCAUUUGCUGAUGGACACUCUUAAUUCAACAACUCCUCACUAUGUGCGCUGCAUUAAGCCAAAUGACCAUAAGGCUCCAUUUAGCUUGGACCCUCUGAGGGCAGUGCAGCAGCUACGUGCAUGCGGCAUCCUGGAAACGAUCCGGAUCUCAGCAGAAGGAUUCCCAUCUAGAUGGACCUAUCAAGAAUUCUUUAGUCGUUACCGUGUUCUGAUGACACAAAAAGAUAUUCAUCCUGAUAGAAAACAGACCUGCAAAAAUGUCUUCAAAGAACUUGUCAAGGACCAGGAUAAGUACCAGUUUGGCAAAAACAAGAUUUUCUUCAGAGCUGGUCAGGUGGCUUACCUGGAGAAGCUGCGUUCUGACAAACUCCGUAAAGCUUGUAUUAACAUCCAGAAAACUAUUCGCUGCUGGCUGGUUCGUAAAAAAUACCUGCGAAUGAGGGAAUCUGCCAUCACCAUACAGAAAGUGGUGCGGGGUCAUCAGGCACGCUGUUAUGUUAAGGUCCUUCGGUGGACCAGAGCAGCUGUCAUCAUCCAAAAGUAUGUUCGUAUGUGGGCAGCCAGGAGGUCCUAUCAGAAGCAGCGUUCUGCAGCGAUCACCAUCCAGUGCUGCUUUAGGGCCUACGUGUCGAAACAACAACGCUACAAACUGUUGUAUGAGCAUAAGGUUGCGGUCAUCCAGAGGUGGGUUAAAGGAUGGCUGGCCAGGCAACAUUAUAGACGCUCUUUGGCAGCUGUCGUGCUGUUACAGAGCUGUGUACGUCGCAUGAGGGCCAAGAAGGAAUUAAAAAAGCUUAAAGUGGAAGCACGUUCUGUGGAGCACUUCAAGAAACUCAACAUUGGCAUGGAGAACAAGAUCUUGCAGUUACAGCACAAGAUCAAUGAACAGCAAAAGGAAAACAAAGAGCUCAAUGAGAGGCUGAGUGUUGCUGAGAAAACCAAGGCUAUGGAGAGGGAGAGUCUGAGCAGAGAAAUGGAAAUCCUGCGUGAAUCAGAGCGGGAGACCAGAACCAGAGCAGAAACACUUCCGUCACUGUUGGAGCAACUCUCCUUCCUUCAGCAGGAGCUGGAAAACACCCACAGAGAGAAAAAGAACCAAGAACAACAGGCGAGGAUUUAUAAGGAGCAGACAGAGAAGGUGGUGGAAGAGCUAAAUAUGAAGAACAGCUUGUUGACCAGCGAGAAAGAUGAUCUGAACAAGCUAAUCCAGGAACAAGCCCAACAGCUAACAGAGAUAAAAACAGAUGUUGAGACCACUAAACAGCUGGAGAAGGACUUAAAUGAAGAACGCUCCCGCUACCAAAGUCUGCUGAGUGAAUAUCUGCAUCUAGAGGAGCAGCAUAAAGACCUGAAGGAGGAGAUGAAUCACAAUCAAAUGGUUUCAAAUGAAGAUCACAAGAGAGAAGACUCCAACUACAGCAGCAUCUCAUCUGAGAAUAUUCAGAUCUUAGGCUUAGUUGAUGGAGAUGACAGUUCUGUACAAACAGAGGAUGAGUCUCAGUCCACAGUGGACCUGCCAGUCCUUAUGAAGCUCCAGAGAAGAAUGAAAGAAUUGGAGCUGGAGAAACAGGCUCUUUUGGAGCAGCUGGAUAACAAAGAGGAGACCCAACAACAAAAUGCAAAAGAGGUGGAUUUGCAGAGAACUGUUGGCAGAGCAGAGCUGGAUUUGGAAAUACUGAAGCGCCAUGAACUGGAGUCUGAAAAUAAGAGGUUGAAGCAGGAUCUAGAUGACCUGCGGAAGUCUCUAACCAGCAAAUCUAGUGCUGUGAUGCCUCCUGCCCCUGGCUCUCUGCCUUACAACAUACUGCUGGAACAACUCAACUCUGCCAGUGAGGAGCUGGAGAUGCGAAAAGAAGAAGUGUUGCUCCUCCGAUCACACAUGGUCCGCCAGGAGGCUCUUAAACAUAAGGACUCUGCACUCGGAGAAGGAUUGAAAUUGGAUCUCAGUGAAGCACCUUUAUUUCAAGACGUUGACAGGCCCUCAGCCAUCCAUACACUGAAUGAAGAUGGGGAGCUGUGGCUCGCUUAUGAAGGCUUAAAAGAAACCAACAGACUUCUGGAGUGCCAGUUGCAGAAGCAGGUGAAGAAUCAUCAAGAGGAGUGUCAAAAGUUGCAUAAGGAUGUGCGCAGGCUGAAGGUGGAGAAGGAGGAGCAGCAACACCUUUUGGCCAAGAGCCUCUUAUUGCCUGAAGAUGCUCAGUUUGAGGCAAGGCUGCAGCACGAGAUCACACGGCUCACCAAUGAAAAUGUGGAUCUUAUGGAGUGGAAAGAGAAACAGGACAAAAUCAUCCGCAAGUUGAAAAAACAACUUAAACUUUCUAUGAUGAAAGUUGAAGAAUUUGAAGCAAGUACUCUGGAAAAGAAUAAGACCGCCCUGAUGAACAGUACCAACAGACCGGUAAACAUCACCCGCAACAAGAAGGAGUACCAGGGCAUGCUGGAGUACAAGCAGGGCGAUGAAAGUCAUCUGUUGAAGAAUAUAGUCGUAGGUUUGAAGCCUCGUGGUGUAGCUGUAAAUUUUGUUCCUGGGCUUCCAGCCUACAUCAUCUUCAUGUGCCUGCGGUACGCCGACAUACUUAAUGAUGACGAGCGAGUCAGCACGCUGCUGAAUUCCACCAUUAGCAGCAUCAAAGGGGUCAUUAAGAAAAAUGGAGAUGAUUUUGAAAUGGUAUGUUUCUGGCUGGCCAACACAUGCAGGCUACUUCACUGUUUGAAGCAGUACAGUGGAGAGGAGGUCUUCAUGAAACAAAACACACCCAAGCAGAAUGAACACUGCCUGGUCAAUUUUGAACUGUCAGAGUAUCAGCAGGUUGUUGGUGAUCUGGUUAUCCAAAUCUACCGCCAGCUCAUCAAAUCUAUGGAUGACAUCUUACAACCCCUGAUUGUGGCAAGCAUGUUGGAACAUGAGACAAUCCAGGGUGUUCUUGGGUCGAAGCCAACAGGCUUGAGGAAGCGGAGCUCCAGUUCCCCAGAGGAGGCUGUUACAGUGGAAGUUCUCCUUCAGCGUCUCAGCCUCUUCCACACCACCAUGACCCAGCAUGGGAUGCCCUUAAACAUCAUUAAGCAGGUGGUGAGGCAGCAGUUUUACACCAUCUGUGCUGUGACCCUCAACCACCUGCUGCUACGCAAAGACAUGUGCUCCUGGAGUAAAGGUCUGCAGAUGAGGUACAAUGUCUGGCAGCUGGAAGAGUGGCUGACUGAACGGGACCUGGCCGACUGUGGAGCCAAAGACACACUGGAGCCUCUCAUCCAAGCUGCACAACUCCUACAGAUCAACAAAAAGACUGAGGCAGAUGCUCAAGCCAUCUCCAACAUGUGUACUGCCCUCACCAAGGCACAGAUUGUGAAAGUGUUGACUUUGUACACGCCAGUGGUUGAAUUUGAAGAGAGGGUGUCUACUGGAUUUAUCAGAAUCAUUCAGGAUCUUUUGAAUGAUAGAGUUGAGUCACCUACGUUGAUGAUGGACACCAAGAAGAUCUUUUCGAUUACCCUGCCCUUUGAACCUUCUCCUGUGGCUCUGGAGACAAUUCAGAUCCCAACAAGCUUUAAUCUGGGUUUCCUCACCCGCAUCUAAAGAGCUGUGCCACUGAUGCAUAUUUCUCUGAAUUCUGUUUACCGGAGGAAGAAAAAAAAGAGCACAGAACUGCACUUCUCCAUCUUUAUUACCAGUUGAAAUGGUUUCAGUAUUAUUUAAUUUUAUGCAUUUCAAAAACUAACAAUGUUGUUUACAUACAGACACAUGCAACCUUUUUAACUUCCAAUAUUUGUAACUAUCAUAACAGCAAAAAAGGUCAUUCUUGGGUCAUCUUUUGCCAAAGUUAGUGUAUUGCUGAUAUUGUACAGUAAUGUGUGAACCUGUGGGAUUUAUUCAUGUGUAUAUAUUGUUUUUACUGUUACAUAUAAACUAAAGUACUGAACAGUUGCAAAAAUUAGCACCUUUUUGAUUAUUGAUUAAGUAAGCAUACACUAAUCAUGUUUUUUUUUUAAAGUGUUUGAGUGGAAACUCCAGAUCAACAAUAAAAUGCCAACAUAUGUUAAACACACAGAUUUCAGUUUUGAAUGUGAUCGGAGAAAAUGUAAUUUUUACUGCUGUAACUGCUAAUAAAUGAUGGAAUA